GUCCCUAGGGACGAGAGCUCCUCCAACAAGAAUCCGCCGUGCUUUUGAACACCACGAACCCCACCGCGCACAACCCUCCCCUUCCCUCUCCUUCCCCAGCCAAGUCACUAGGGUUUCGCUCUUUCUCCUAAUCUCUCUCGAAUUGAUUCUUCCUCCUCUUCGGCGAUGGACGCGGCGACGCGUGGGGUCGAGAGCGCGGUGGUGGAUCGAGAUAGAUCGGAGGAGAAGGGCGCGACCACAGGUGGAGUCGCGGUUUCGUUGUUCGAUCACUCGGUCGAGAGUUUCUUCUCCGCGAUGAACUCGAUCUCGGCUCUCUGUGGGGCGCCAGUCGAUAGUGGUUUUGAUCCCAGCGAGAUCGAGCGCUUCUCAUCCAUGAUAACCUUCUUGAAGGAAUGGAGACAUUUCACAUAUGACCCAAAAGUUGUCCGUUUUGCUCGUGACAAUCAAACAACUCAAACGAGAGAUGUUAGUGGUGAAAUAACAUUGCCUCAGUAUUCAUCUGUGGCAGUUCCUGAGAUGGAGCAGUUAUCAGAUAAUAAAAAAUGUCUGGACAGCGAUUUUGUUUUGCAUGCAGGUGGACAUGUCUCAGCAUUGGACUGGUGUCCUAGGAUCCAAGACAAGCCUGACACUAAUAUUAGUUGUGAGUAUCUUGCAGUUGCUGCUCACCCUCCUUCCUCUACUCAUCACAAGAUAGGUUCUCCUUUAGUUGGAAGAGGUGCCAUCCAGAUUUGGUGUCUCUUAAAUUUGAAUGAGAUAGUCAAACCUUAUUCAACAGUGCCUAAAAGUGGAGCCAGGCCUAAAAAGGAACAAGUUGGGGAUGUAGAGCAAGAUACGAUAAAUACUAUGAAGGUAUUAACCACACCAAGGCCUAGAGGGAGACCAAGGAAAAGACCAAUUCAAAAUCCUUCAAGUGGCGAAGGUGGAUCAAGUCUGCCAAGACCCAGAGGAAGACCUCCAAAGAGACCAAUCCUGGCUUUUGAUGAUUCCAAGGAACCUCCUUUAAAACGACCACGAGGAAGACCUAGAAAGUAUCCAACUUCAAUUAUCGAUGAUGUGAGUUCUAGAGUGGAGUAUUCACUAUGUAAUAAACUUCAAGCUGUUUGUGUGGAGGAUAGCACACUUCCUUUGACUGUUGAUUCGAGUGAAGUUGCUUCUGGAUUUCAUGCUUUAGCAGAUAUAAAUUGUGAGAAAUCAACUCAAAAAAGGCCUAAAGGGCGACCUAGAAAGAAAUCACAUUCAGGGAGAAAACACACAUCGGUUAUUCGAUCUACUUCGAACGAUUGUAGUAUCAAUCAGAUUGAAAAUGUAAACGAGGCUGUCCUCUCUUUGAGAGUUGCUUCAUCAGAUGCUUUAUUAGCACGGCCUGAUGGGAUUGAUGCGACUUGUAAGGAAGAAUUGACUCAACGAAGGGGUCGAGGGAGACCGAGAAAGAAACCACUUUCAAGUGGAGAUAGUUCCUUAAUAGCUUCUGGUGUUAAAGCAGAGAAAGCUAUGGGUAUGCUGCCCACUUCAAGUGGACACGGGGCUUUAACUGAAAAUAGCUUGUUAGAUCAGUGCCAAACGGGUCAUGCAUCUGCUGCGGAAGUGUUUGAAGGAUCUACUCGCAGGACCUUGUUUAUUAAGCCUGGUGAAAAUCGGAGUACUAAAGAAGAAACAAUGGAAUAUAACUCCAGGACAAUCAACGAAGAUGGAUUCCAAGAUAAAACUUUGUUAGGUGUUUCUGAGAAUGAGUUACCAGUUGAAAUUAUAAGUGUAUCUUCGCAAAUUGCUGCUCCGGUUAUCUCUCUAACAAAUGAUGACAAACUGAUCGCAUGUACUCAGAAACCUAGAAUAAAGGAGAAGGAAAUAGAAGCUUCCUGCAAGAAUAGUGGAUAUCCAGCUUCAUCGGCCAAUGAUGCAGACAAUAAAUUAUCUAUGGAAGUUGUGCCAACACCUGACAAUGAUUGUAAACUCCUGAGCAACGAAGUAUCUCAGGAUCUUCCGAAUCAGAUUAACAUGAGUUCUUCAAUCCCAAAGGACAUUGCUUCGCCAAGGAUUGUCCUCUGUCUAGGACAUAACGGAAGAGUUGCCUGGGAUGUGAAAUGGAGACCUUGCCAAGGCAAUAGUUUAGCAGGCAAAACUCAUAUGGGAUAUCUUGCUGUAUUAUUGGGGAAUGGCAUUCUCGAAGUGUGGGAAGUUCCUCUUCCUGGUAUGGUCCAAUAUUUAUAUUCUUAUGCUCGAAGUGAGGGUACUGACCCUCGUUUUGUGAAGUUGGAACCUAUAUUCAGAAGCUCAACGGUGAAAUGUGGAGAUAGACAGAGCAUUCCUUUGGCUGUUGAGUGGUCAUCUUCUUUGCCCCAUGAUCUGUUGUUAGCUGGGUGCCACGAUGGAGUGGUUGCAUUAUGGAAGUUUACUUCACAUUCCUCAUCCCAAGAGUCAAAGCCCUUGGUUUGCUUUACCGCUGACUCUGUUCCCAUUAGAGCUCUCUCUUGGGUGCCAUAUGGAAGUGACGGGGAGAAUCCUAAUCUGUUUGUGACUGCUGGACACGAAGGUCUAAAAUUUUGGGAUGUGCGAGAUCCAUUCCGGCCAUUAUGGGACCUUAAUCCUGCUCAAAGAGCUGUUUUGAGUCUUGAUUGGAUAAAGGAUCUGAGAUGUCUUGUCAUAUCAUUUGAUGAUGGCACUAUGAGGAUCCUAAGCUUACCAAAAGCUGCAAAUGAUGUUCCUGUCACUGGAAGCCCAUUUGCUGGAACGAAGUGUCAGGGUUUACAUGGUUUUACAUGUUCAGCAUUUGCAAUUUGGAGCGUCCAAGUAUCACAAACUACAGGUGUUGUUGCUUAUUGUAGUGCAGAUGGUUCAGUAGUCCGCUUUCAGCUUAGAGCAAAUUAUGUUAAAGAUCCGAACCGGAACCGUGUACCGUAUUUCCUUUGUGGUUCACUUACAGAAGAGGGACAUGUUCUUAACAUCAAUAGUUCAUUGCCAAACAUUCCGUUAAGAAAUGUUCCUGUUAGUUUGAAGAAAGUACCUGGUCAUGGCUAUUUAUUUGAUGCAGGCCGGCCUAAAGAAGCAAACUCUACAGAUCUUGGAGAUACUCGAGCUAUGGUUAAGAAAUUCAAUAAUUCUCAGGCUCCUCCAGUAAAACGUUCAAACUCAAAAUUAAGAAAAAGUGGGAAAAAUGAAAGUGAGUUUAUUAAUGAUGCAAAAGAACAAGAGAAGACAAGCAGGAAUUUGGAAGAAGGGUGUUCUCAAGAAUAUGAUGUUUUGCCCCCCAAAAUUGUGGCUAUGCAGAGAGUCAGAUGGAAUAUGAACAAAGGGAGUGAGAGAUGGUUGUGUUUUGGAGGUGCUGCAGGGAUCAUCAGAUGUCAGAAGAUCCCCUUAUCAACCUAUUAUAAUAAUAGAAAGUUAAUGUAAUUCAGUUUGGAUUUCGAAAAAGCUCUUUGGGUGUUAUUGGUGGAGAAAACAAGGUUGCAACACUAUCAGUAAGUCAUCAUGCAAGUGCGAAAUGACACGAGCUGCAUAGAGUGAGGGAAUCAAGCUGAAAAUAUUUGUUCUUCGAUACUGCAGAGAUUGAUCGGAGAAAUCUUCUAUCACAAGACACGUAGGGUUGUGUAUUUCAAGCUUAGAAAGUUACUGUCACGCCCCGAGACUGCCAAUUUGGUCGGUUCGAGCACGUCGAACAGACGCCGAACGGACAGGACCUCCCCUGCCCGCCCAAGGCCAACCAACAGAGUCAUGUACAUCAAGUUGCCUAGGUGAGGAGAAAUUGCACUCGCACGAGACCGUUUGCGGGACAACUACGUUUGCCCCUGUCGUGAAGUACUCCGGAGACCACUACUUGGGUGGCGCGACCACGCCAAGUGUAAACAGACUAGUCAGAAGACUGGAAGGUUAUCCUGUCAAUUACUGGUACAAGAAAGGAUUGAAACCAAUCAAGCAUGCACUCUUAACUGAAACUGAAAAUGAAAUUGCAGGUUUUGGCUGGUAACAAAAUCCAGAUGUGCUUCAACCAGUUUGACUUUGACCUUGAUCUCCGCGUGCUGGUGGAGAAGUCGAUAUUAGGGGAUAUAUCUUAGACACUUCAAACGUAUCAGAUUUUUUAUUAUUUAAACUUGAAAUUUUAAUAUCAUGUCAUAGGUAGAUUCUUGUAAAAUCGGUUCCUUCAUUUGUAUAGCGGAUACCUGACAAUGCAAUUUUAAAUAAUCAGUGGAUAUUGUUAUGCAAACUGGACAACUGUUAACUGCAUAUUUAUAUCAAAUUACUGUA